AUGCACCCACCCCACCCCGCACGCGAACCAUGUUCAAAGUCACUCCGCUUCGUCCUUCAGAAAAUAAUUGAAAAUGUCCAUCUGCUUAUAUUUCAACACACUCAACUCCCUUCGCCACAUAUUUCUGCGGAUCAAACAGUAAUCGACGUCAGCUUCCAAUUUUCAAUAGCCUUUCGAGAAUUUAUCUCGAUUAUUUAGGGUUCUUCUUAUGCUUCCAGUACCCAUUGAUCUGCUUCAUUUCGAAAGAAUUUUUGGCGGCGAAUUAUAUGAAAACAUGUACUUUGGGAUUUGAAUGCAGUCUAGUUCAGUUGGAAAGAUAUUGGGCAGUGAAGGACUUUUCUAUUUCAUAUAUUUAGUUGGGUACAAUUGCUAGCGAGUAUAGUUUUUCGAGGGUUUUACUUCAAAUGUGCGAAAAUUGCACAAUUUUUGAUAUCGGGACUAGUGGAACAUAAUUGCGUCUAUUUAGAGGGUUUAGAGAAAGAGAAUUAGGGAAAAAUGGGAUCUGAGAAUAGAUUUUACUCUGAAGCAGAAUUUAAGUUGGAACCCAAAUGGUUGGUCGACCCGAAACUUCUGUUUGUUGGUCCGAAGAUUGGAGAAGGUGCUCAUGCCAAAGUGUACGAGGGAAAAUACAAAAACCAGAAUGUGGCUAUCAAAAUUGUUAACAAAGGGGAUACAUCGGAAGAGGUUGCCAAGAGGGAGGCCAGAUUUGCAAGAGAAGUUGCUAUGUUAUCCAAAGUCCAACACAAGAACAUGGUUAAGUUUAUUGGGGCUUGCAAGGAACCUGUCAUGGUCAUUGUUACCGAGCUUCUGCUUGGUGGUACGCUGCGAAAAUUUUUGUUGAACAUGCGACCGAGGUGUUUAGAUAUGCGAGUUGCAAUUGGAUUUGCGCUUGACAUAGCUCGUGCAAUUGAAUGUUUACACUCGCAUGGAAUCAUACAUCGUGACCUUAAACCUGAAAACUUGCUCUUGACAGCAGACCACAAAACUGUUAAGCUGGCUGAUUUUGGUUUGGCAAGAGAAGAAUCAUUGACAGAGAUGAUGACUGCCGAGACUGGAACCUAUCGCUGGAUGGCUCCAGAACUUUAUAGUACAGUCACCCUUCGUCAUGGAGAGAAGAAACAUUAUAACAAUAAGGUGGACGCUUACAGUUUUGCAAUUGUGUUAUGGGAGCUCAUACAUAAUAAGUUGCCUUUUGAAGGCAUGUCAAAUUUGCAGGCGGCCUAUGCUGCUGCUUUUAAAGUAGAAAAGAUGCUAGCCUUGUUUGAGGUUAUGUAUGAAAGACAUCGGAAUGAGGAUAUUCACCACAACGUUGGGGAUUCUUCUUGCUACACUGCCCCCGCUUCCAUUGCCUGGCUGCCUCAUCUCUAUUUUUUACCCCCUCACUUGACGAUUCUAAAGAUAACUUUGUUUAUGCAACUGAAAGACUUCAUUGAGUUUUUUAAAAAGCCACGGGUAUAUGGGGCUGUGUAUUGUAGUUUGUUAUUUGUUACUUCAAAUUUGUACCUUCCUUCUCAGAAUGUAAGGCCAAACGCUGAUGAUCUUCCUGAGGAUUUGGCUUUAAUUGUGACUUCAUGCUGGAAAGAAGAUCCAAAUGAGCGUCCCAACUUCACUCAGAUAAUACAGAUGCUUCUGCAUUCUCUCUCAAGAAUUUCACCACCAGAACCCGUUGAACCACCCAAGAUUUUCACUUCCAAGAAUGUCGUCUUCCCACCAGCAUCUCCAGGCACAAGCGCUUUGAUGGCAGGGAGAGAUGACGAUGGCGACACACCAAUGGAAAACAAUUCAAGAGGAUUCUUCUCCUGUUUUCACCAGUGCUACUAAUCUCUAUGCAUAUUUGUUAUAUACUGGUCAAGACGGGACAAUAUUAGUGGGCAAGAUUUUAGCUUCCUUUUUCUUAGAUAAUGGAGUUUAGGUUGCUGUGAUGUAUUGUAGCUGUAAAAUAAGGUCCAUCCAAAGGCCUAUACUCCAUUAAUUUGUUAGACUUCAGAUUAUAGUGCCAUUUGUACUCAUUGCAGCUGUGUAAGGAACCACCUUCUUAAUAGCUUCAUUGGCUUUUGUGUUUGUUUA